AUGAAUGAACAGGAAGUCAUUUGCACAGAACUGAAAUAUCACACUCCUCCUGAACAUCAGAGGAGUCAAAGACCUAGGAACUCUGAGAGCAAAGCUCCAACCUUUCUUUGGCGGAUCAUUGCAGUGAUUCUGGGGAUCCUCUUCUUGGUGUUACUGGGAGCAGCAGUGGCCUUAGCUGCCAAGGGUUACUUCUCUUCAGGCUGCCCUGAUCAGUGGGUGGCUUACAGACACAGCUGUUACUUAUUCUCCAGGACAAAAAAGGAUUGGCUUUCUAGCCAGGAAUCCUGUUCUGCAAAGGGAUCACAUCUACUGGUGAUCAGUGAUGCCCAGGAAAUGGACCUGUUUGCGGUGAUCCACACAGAAGCCCACUGGAUUGGAUUGAGGAACAGCACUGGCUCUGGGUGGGCCUGGGAAGAUGGCUCAGGAGUCAAUGAUAUGAAAUCAGUUUGA